UAUUUGUUUUGUUUCCAGCUGAUCGCCGCCAUGAUAACGUGGCUCGUGAUGAACGAUCGUCAUUUACAGGUGAAAACGUCGAAUAACGAGUGCUAUCGUGUAACACCAGUUUACGGAUUCGUCGAAAAGUUGUCAAAGACUGAACUGAUAGUGAUUCGGCUCGAAGGACCACCGAAAGACGAUAAAUUCGUGGUGCAAUGGGCCGAAGUGCCGGAUGAAGAGACCGACGCACAGGCACCGUUCAAGGCCGGUGCGCAAUCCGGUGAAGUGAUUAUGCCAGUUAAUGCACAAUGA